UCACAGUGUCCGUAGACAACGUUGUGUCCCGGAAACAUGCAAUAGUGAUUACGCGCACGUUUAACAACCGGAGUUCUAGCGCGCCCCCUUCAGUGACUGUGCUAAUUGGUGUUUUUUUUUCUGUUGUGGCCAGAGAUUGGGAUUUAUAUUUUUUUCUUGGUCACGUGGACUACCUGUGCUCACAACGCUGGAACAUUUAAGGCCCAUUGUGGCUUCUAUCACCACGCUCAUUGGGAACUGUGAGACUAUGGAAGCCACAUAUUGCGUCGGUACUGAUGUUGAUGUUUGUAGGAUGUUCGACCAGUACUUGUAUAAGCGAUCAGAAAACGUUGAUUUAUCACUGAGCAUACCACAAUCAAAUUUUCAGUCCAACGGAUACGAUAUGGGAGAUCAGACAUUUCAUACGCCAAGUUUCGGGGACGAAGAGUUCGACAUUCCCGCCAUUAACCCCCAACAGCAGCAGCAACAGCAACAAGGCCAUUCGGAUCAGCAGCACUACCAGCCGCCGAUGCAGGGGAUGCAGCAGAUGAACCAACAAAUGAACCAACAGCAGGACGCCAUGGGCAUGCACGACCCAACCGGGGGGUACCAACAGCCCCUGUAUCUCUCCGGACCCGACCAUGGGAUGGUAAACUCUUCCUACCACAGUCCCCAACCUAGCUACACCAUGAGUCCCAGCCAGCAGCAACACAACAACCAACUGUUGAUGAUCCAGCAGCAGCAACAUCAGCAGCACCAGCAGAUGAUGAUGAGUCAUGGCCAGCCUCCCCCCGGGGCUAUGGGGCAGUACGGGACGUCGCCCCAGCAUCCACAGGGGAGGGGAAACAGCCCCCCCGCGCCUGGUCAGGAGCCCACCACCAGCGAGGAUAGUGAUGAUAGCACUCCACAUCCUGCCAUGAUAACGGCGAUGAAGCGGCCGUCCCCCGAACCGGCCGAUCAGGCAUUAACGAAGACACAAAAGAAACCGAAAGUACAAAAGAAGAAAAAGAAGAGGGACCCUAAUGAACCGCAAAAACCAGUAUCGGCGUAUGCGUUAUUCUUCCGUGAUACUCAAGCUGCCAUAAAGGGACAGAAUCCGAACGCAAGCUUCGGAGAGGUUUCCAAAAUCGUGGCCUCGAUGUGGGACGCACUAGACUCCGAACACAAGAACGUGUAUAAAAAGAAAACAGAAGCCGCAAAGAAGGAAUAUCUGAAGGCUUUGGCCGCCUACAGGGCCAGCUUAGUAUCCAAGGGCGCCGGAGAAGGCGAGGGCAUGUACGGAAAUUACAGUAACUACCAACAGGGCGCGCCACAGUACUCCUCCUAUCAGCCACAAGGAACCAUUCCAUCGCCCCCGAUGACGUCAGCGCCAACUCCGCCCACACAGUCGCCCAUUGGGAAGAAGCCCUCGAUGAUGGGCAACAUGAACCCGUCGCCCCAGCAGCAGCAUCAGAGCAUGAUGCAGUCCAACAUGGGACCAGUGCCAAACCACAUGAACAUGCAGCACAUGCAACAACAGCAGCAGCACAGCAGUUAUAUGCAACAGCAGCAGCACAUGCCGGUGUCCCCACAACAGCAGCAUGUCCCAGUCUCACCGCACAUGCAACAGCACAUGAGUCCUCCCCCGAUAGUGUCUAGUUCUCCACCGGUUUCGGCACCACCCCCGACUGUUCCAACAUCCGUGUCCCAGCAGAACGCCGGUCAAGGACAGAUGAGGCCACCGAAUGCUUGUAUACGUCACGGAUGCCCCAAUCCAGCCAUAACAAAUCCCGAAUGGGAGGACGAAUACUGCAGUAAUGAGUGCGUUGUUAGCCAUUGCCGGGAUGUAUUUACAAAUUGGGUAUCCGGAAACAAGAACCAAUCACAGAACUUUUCAACCGUUAAAUAAGUUCUAGGAUAGAGAAUGCCGCAAGAAUGAUAAAAGUAAGAUAGCAAUACCAACUGGAUCAAGAUAGUUUAUUUCCGAUAGAUAAAACGGUAUGUUUGGCAGUCACGAUAUGUAAUAGUGAGAGGAUAUUUUAAGAGUUGUAAAUAAAAUGGAAAAUCAUUUAGUAAGUGAGGUUGUAUUGAAGCAAUAGACGCAAUACGAUUUCAUUAUAUAUAGGUAUACAAUACAAAAAAAAAUAUUGUAAUCCUAGCAUAUAUACGUUGUAUAUUAAAGAAAUGAGGUGGGUCAAAAGCGUACGUGUAAACUGUAACUUUUUACCACUUUUGAUGGGCUUUAUUUCUCCGAGUAUUCCUUGUUGACUUCGUUUUUAUGUGUUACGAUUAGAACGAAACAUUACUUGCACGUCCGGAAGACUCCCAAUUUGUGUUUUAUGCGUACGUUCAUUUAGCCGUACGGAAAUAAAAUCCAACAACCCGAAAAGUUGCUCUUAGACCUUCAAGAUACUUUUUGGCCGGCCUUAAGCAAAAUUUGUUAAUUCAUGCUAUGUAAAUGCAUGUAUCCUUGAUAAAAAAAUUGUAGUUAGAUAUGUCCAAAGUACAUAAGAAUAUUAAAAAUGAAACUAUUUUAGUUUAUAGUUAAGUCUUUGUUGUUACGGAGAAAAUUCCAGAACUGUGAAAUUUUUGGUGAAUGAUUAACAACUGAUAAUCAACAUGUUUUGUGUACUGAUUUCUUUUCGACGAAUCUCUGCCACAACGCGAUAGCCGUCGGAUUUAACGGCCGGUGAAGAACAACACAAAUACCAAAAACAAAUAGGUGGCCUUGAAGUCACUUUGUUAACAGCAGACAAUCGGUGAAACUCAGGAGUGAAGAAACUAGAUGGCGACUCUCACAACAAAUGCUGUUGUUGCUCUACAAACAAGGGCGACUGUGAUUUUAUUGCAGAGUCGCCAUCUAGCAUCCUCAUUCCUUAGUUUGACUGGUGGUUUAAGUUUAUUACAUGCAACAACAGAUUUUAAAUUGUUAAAUGUUUUUUGAAGAGGGCUCCAUAGCAAAUAGCCAACCAGAAAUACAUUUUUUUAGAUUUUAUUACAUAGUUUGUCUAAAUAUGAAUUAAUGCACAAAUAACA